CGGAUGGAUACACUGGGACCCACGUGUAUAAAGACUCCCUAUGCUGUAACAUAAAGUUCCUUUCCUUUUUCUCCCAUCAGUGAGCGCAGGGGACAACGCUUUUGUUGCAUUUUAUUCAAGAAAAAUCAACCAAAUUAACAAGAUGCCUGAAGAAAUGCACCAAGAGGAGGAGGUUGAGACCUUUGCCUUCCAGGCAGAGAUCGCUCAGCUGAUGUCCCUGAUCAUCAACACCUUCUAUUCCAACAAGGAGAUCUUCCUCAGAGAAUUGAUCUCAAACUCAUCUGAUGCUCUGGACAAAAUCCGCUACGAAAGCUUGACCGACCCCACAAAGCUGGACAGCGGCAAGGAUCUGAAAAUCGACAUCAUCCCGAACAAAGCGGACAGAACCCUGACCCUGAUCGACACUGGGAUCGGCAUGACCAAGGCCGACCUCAUCAACAACCUGGGAACGAUCGCCAAGUCUGGAACCAAGGCCUUCAUGGAGGCCCUGCAGGCCGGCGCUGACAUCUCCAUGAUCGGUCAGUUCGGUGUGGGCUUUUACUCCGCCUACCUUGUUGCUGAGCGGGUGGUCGUCAUCACGAAACACAACGACGACGAGCAGUACGCCUGGGAGUCGUCUGCUGGCGGCUCCUUCACAGUCAAGGUUGACACAGGCGAGCCCAUCGGCCGUGGAACAAAGAUCAUCCUGCACCUGAAGGAGGACCAGACGGAGUACAUCGAGGAAAAGAGGGUCAAGGAGAUCGUCAAGAAGCACUCGCAGUUCAUCGGCUACCCCAUCACUCUGUUUGUGGAGAAGGAGCGCGACAAGGAGAUCAGCGACGACGAGGCAGAGGAGGAAAAGGCAGAGGAGGAGAAAGAGAAGGAGGAAGGCGAGGACAAGCCCAAGAUCGAGGAUGUCGGCUCCGACGACGAGGAGGACGCCAAAGAUAAAGACAAGGACAAGAAGAAGAAAAAGAUCAAGGAGAAGUACAUCGACCAGGAGGAGCUGAACAAGACCAAGCCCAUCUGGACCAGAAACCCCGACGACAUCACAAACGAGGAGUACGGUGAAUUCUACAAGAGUCUGACCAACGACUGGGAGGAUCACCUGGCUGUUAAGCACUUCUCUGUGGAGGGUCAGCUCGAGUUCCGGGCCCUGCUCUUCAUCCCCCGCCGCGCGCCCUUCGACCUCUUCGAGAACAAGAAAAAGAAGAACAACAUCAAGCUGUACGUGAGGAGAGUCUUCAUCAUGGACAACUGCGAGGAGCUCAUCCCAGAAUACCUCAACUUCGUCCGCGGCGUCGUGGACUCCGAGGACCUGCCCCUGAACAUCUCCAGAGAAAUGCUGCAGCAGAGCAAGAUCCUGAAAGUCAUCCGUAAAAACAUUGUGAAGAAAUGCCUGGAGCUGUUUGCAGAGCUGGCCGAGGACAAGGACAACUACAAGAAGUUCUACGAGGGCUUCUCCAAGAACAUGAAGCUGGGCAUCCACGAAGACUCCCAGAACCGCAAGAAGCUUUCUGAGCUGCUGCGCUACCACAGCUCCCAGUCUGGAGACGAGAUGACCUCCUUGACAGAGUACCUCACCCGUAUGAAGGAGAACCAAAAGUCCAUCUACUACAUCACUGGUGAGAGCAAAGAUCAGGUGGCCAACUCUGCAUUCGUCGAGCGCGUCCGCAAGCGCGGCUUCGAGGUGCUCUACAUGACCGAGCCCAUCGACGAGUACUGCGUGCAGCAGCUGAAGGAGUUUGACGGCAAGACCCUGGUGUCGGUCACCAAAGAGGGCCUGGAGCUGCCUGAGGACGAGGAGGAGAAGAAAAAGAUGGAGGAGGACAAGGCCAAAUACGAGAACCUGUGCAAGCUCAUGAAGGAGAUCCUGGACAAGAAAGUGGAGAAGGUCACCGUGUCCAACAGGCUGGUGUCGUCUCCCUGCUGCAUCGUCACGAGCACGUACGGCUGGACGGCCAACAUGGAGAGGAUCAUGAAGGCCCAGGCGCUCAGGGACAACUCCACCAUGGGCUACAUGAUGGCCAAGAAGCACCUGGAGAUCAACCCCGACCACCCCAUCAUGGAGACCCUAAGGCAGAAGGCCGAGGCCGACAAGAACGACAAAGCGGUGAAGGACCUGGUGGUCCUGCUGUUCGAGACCGCCCUGCUGUCCUCCGGCUUCUCUCUGGACGACCCACAGACCCACUCCAACCGCAUCUACAGAAUGAUCAAGCUUGGCCUGGGUAUCGACGAUGAGGAUAUCCCCACAGAGGAGGCCGCCUCCACGUCCGUCCCUGAGGAGAUGCCACCUCUAGAAGGAGAAGACGACGCUUCACGCAUGGAGGAAGUCGAUUAAAACUGACCGUUCACUCAGAUUCCAAACACUUUAGCCCCACUUUGCUGUAGUUCAUCCUUUUAAAGUGCAGUAACUGCAAACGAUUAAACAUUCCUGUAGUGUGGAGAGCCAGUGUCGCUGGAGCCUCGCGCUGCAAGACCUUUAAAGAAAAGCAGUUUUCUUUUUGCUGUGAAAAGUUUAAGGUGCCCUGUUUUUUUUUGUUUUUUAAAGUAACGUUCCAACUUUAAUGUUAAUGGUAAAUGUUCUAUUAUAGGACUGUUUGCAUUCCAUUAUCAGAUGAGGUCCAGAGUCUUUAGGGGGGAAAUGUUAUGUGCAAUGCUGCAUGGAGAGAGGACUGUUCGAUUCCUUUGCCUGAGUUCAGGCCAAACUGUAUUCGAAGUCUUGUUUUUUGCAAAAAAAAAAUAAAGAUGUAAUACCUUG